AUGUUGGAAAAUAUCAGGAAUCUGGCAUCAGUAGCGGAAAAACAAGAUCACGACAUUGAAGAUUUGGAGAAAAACCAUGGGAAAAAAUUAAGAAUUUCUCCCACUGCUCUCAAACUACAUGAAAGGAGUCACACUGGAAAGAAAUUUUAUGAAUGUUUACAAUGUGGAAAAGUUUUUCCAUAUAACAAAUCUUUCCUACUACACAAAAGAACUCACACGGGGGAAAAACCCUAUGAAUGUAAAGAAUGUGGGAAAGCCUUUAUUAAUUCCAGUUCUCUUGAAACACAUGAAAGGAGUCACAUUGGAGAGAAACCCUAUGAGUGUCUACUAUGUGGAAAAGUUUUUCUAUCUCAAAACUGUUUCCAGCAACACAAAAGAACUCACACCAGGGAGAAACCUUAUGAAUGUAAAGAAUGUGGGAAAACCUUCUUACAGAAAAUAACUUUUCAAACACACAUGGUAACACACACUGGAGAUUCACCUUUUAAAUGUCAGAAAUGUGAGAAAGCAUUCAUUAUUUUCAGUGAUCUUCGAAAGCAUGAAAGGAGUCACACUAGAAAGAAAUCCUGUCAAUGUAAACAAUGUGGAAAAGCCUUUAAAAGUCCUAAAAGUAUUCAAAUUCAUGGAAGAAUUCACAGAGGAGUGAAACCCUAUGAGUGUAACCAGUGUGGUAAAGCCUUCAAUUAUUUGACUUCCUUAAAGGAACACAAAGGACAUCACAUAAGAGAGAUGACAUAUGUAUGUAAAACAUGUUCUAAAGUAUUGAUUUCUGCAAGCUCUCUUCAAAAGCAUGAAAGAAUCCACACUGGAGAAAAACCCUAUGAGUGUAAGGAAUGUGGAAAAUCCUACAUAUUUAACUAUUACUUCCAGAAACACAUGAUAACACAUACUGGAGAUGGUCCUUAUAAAUGUAAAGAAUGUGAGAAAGCCUUCAUUAAUGCCAGUUCUCUUAAAAUACAUCAGAAAAGUCACAUUGGAGAGAAACCAUAUCAAUGUCAUCAAUGUGGUAAAAGUUAUAGAUAUCAAUCAUAUAUAAAUAAACAUUUAAGAACCCAUACUUUAGAGACAUCCAGUGAGUGA